GGAGGGCGGGGCCAGCUGCAGGACCGCGGCGGCGUCGACACACCUAGUGAGCGCCUAAGCUGGGGGAGAGCGAUGCUGUGGUUCCAGGGCUCCGUUUCGGCCGCCAUCUCUUUGGCCAAGAGGAGUGGCUCGGUCUUCGUGGUGUUCGUGGCAGGUGAUGAUGAGCAGUCUACACAGAUGGCUGCAAGUUGGGAAGAUGAGAAAGUGACAGAAGCAUCCGCACACAGUUUUGUUGCUAUUAGAAUUGAUACCAAAAGUGAAGCCUGCCUACAAUUUUCACAAAUCUAUCCUGUAGUGUGUGUUCCAUCCAGUUUCUUUAUUGGAGACAGUGGAAUUCCCUUGGAAGUAAUAGCAGGAAGUGUUUCUGCAGAUGAACUUGUUACCAGAAUUCACAAAGUCCAACAGAUGCACUCAUUAAAAGGUGAUACAUCGGUUGAAAAUGGGAACCAAUCAGAAAGUUCAGUUUCUACUCUAUCCACCUCAUUUGAACCUAACAGCACUUGUGAAGACUCUCAGUCCAGAAAUACAGAACUUUGCAAGAGACUACCUACUUCUCCUGAUACAAAGUUAGAUACUGCAGCAGGAGGAGAAAGUUCAGGCCAUGCUACUCUUUCUCAGGAUCCUGGUGGAUGUUCAAAUCAGACACCUGAAGAGGACCUCACCAUCAGAGUGGAAAGACUAACCAAAAAACUUGAAGAAAGGAGAGAAGAGAAAAGGAAAGAAGAAGAACAGAGAGAGAUUAAGAAGGAAAUUGAGAGGAGGAAAACUGGAAAAGAAAUGUUGGAUUAUAAAAGAAAGCAAGAGGAAGAAUUAACAAAAAGAAUGUUAGAGGAAAGAAACAGAGAAAAGGCUGAAGAUAGGGCAGCUCGAGAGCGUAUAAAACAGCAGAUCGCAUUGGACCGUGCAGAGAGGGCUGCUCGUUUUGCAAAAACAAAGGAAGAAGUAAACAUUGCUAAAUCUGCUGCCUUGCUGGCCAAACAGACAGAAAUGGAAGUCAAGAGGGAAUCUUAUGCAAGAGAAAGAAGCACUAUUGCAAGAAUUCAGUUCCGUCUUCCUGAUGGCUCUUCCUUUACAAAUCAGUUCCCUUCUGAUGCUCCAUUAGAAGAGGCAAGGCAGUUUGCUGCACAGACUGUUGGCAACACUUAUGGCAAUUUUUCAUUAGCUACCAUGUUUCCCAGGAGGGAAUUUACCAAGGAAGACUAUAAAAAGAAAUUACUGGAUUUGGAACUUGCCCCAAGUGCUUCAGUGGUAUUGUUGCCAGCAGGAAGACCAACUACAUCCGUGGUACCCUCUUCUAGUGGAGACAUUUGGACAUUGUUGGGGGCAGUACUUUACCCAUUCCUUGCCAUCUGGAGAUUGAUUAGCAAUUUCUUAUUUAGUAAUCCUCCUCCUGCACAGAAUUCUGUGAGAACAGCAUCGUCAGAACCCUCAAACCCUGCAUCAUCUGGCAACUCAGGGAAAAGGGAACAAGUUAGAAAAAGAGUGCUGGAAAAGCGUGGGGAAGACUUUAAAAAGGAAGGGAAGAUAUAUAGAUUGAGGACUCAAGAUGAUGGUGAAGAUGAAAACAACACUUGGAAUGGAAAUUCUACUCAACAGAUGUAGUGUGACAAGUGUGAUAUGUGCAAUAAUCAUUGUUUCUCUUAUGAUUUAAUUCAACUAAAAUUCUACUGGAGAAGUAGGACUGCUUUAUGUUUUCCGACUGAUCUAUAAAGUGUCUCUUUAUUCUUGUUUAGUGGUAUGGGUUAAAGUUGUGUAACUGAAAAAGUCAAGAGAGAAAAUAACUGGCUCCUAGAUCCUUGCAUAUGGUAACAAACUGCUAGAAGCCUAAAAUAAUCAAAAGAUCUGACUCAGCGUCCCUUCAUCAGCUUUCUUAUUCAGUAUUUUAUAUACUUAUUAGCCCCAUGCUCUCAGCUGACAUGUUUUGCUUCAAGCUAUUUUGCUCCAAAACUGUUAAGCCCCAUAAAAUAACUGAUAUGUCACUGAGUAAUUUGAAUGAGUCAGAAUAUUCUAAUUAGCCAAUCAGAUGAUAAUUUGUUUAACUUUUCUCUUUUUGCUCAUCAGCUGCAAGCAAAAUCUUGUAGUUUUUAAUCUUAAACACUGAAUAAAAAAUCUUUUCCAUAAA